AUGUCAUCCAAGCCAUCAAUGUCGUCCCAGCUCCCCAUCGAUACGUUCCCCGCAUGGGCUCAUCUCAACGACGUUCAGUUCACACACGUCAAUCUUCAAGAUGUAGGCGAGGGUAAGGGGUUCGGACUCGUUGCGCAUGAGGAUCUGGAGAGUGCCGAGGCGGAUGGCACGAGCAAAGGCCUUGUUACGAUUCCUCACGAUCUGGUGCUAUCUGCUGAGGCCGUGGAGGACUUUGCCAAGGUUGACCACAACUUCAAGCAGUUACUUGAAGCAGUGGGACGACAAUCCACGAGAGGUGAUAUAAUGCUCUAUUUAGUCUCCCAAUUCGCCCAAUCCAGCCGCCCAAAGGGUCUAUCGCCCACCCCAUGGACUGAGUACAUCCGCCUUUUGCCUCGGCCCAUUCCCGUUCCAACUAUGUGGACGGAGCCGGAACGCUUACUCCUAAAUGGGACGUCGUUGGAGGCUGCCCUGGAAGCCAAACUCCUCUCUUUGGGCAAAGAGUUUGACACGCUGCGUGAGGUGUCUGAGGAUUUUCCAUUUUGGAAUGAGUUCCUGUGGAGCGGCGAAGAGGUUUCUCUGGAGGACUGGGUAUUAGUUGAUGCCUGGUACCGUUCGAGGUGCUUGGAGCUACCACGGUCAGGAGCCGCCAUGGUCCCGGGACUUGACAUGGUGAACCAUUCGAGCAAAGCAACAGCCUAUUACGAAGAAGACGACCAUGACAAUGUUGUGCUCCUCAUCCGCCCGGGAUGUCCAGUUCGCAGCGGCGAGGAAGUCACAAUCUCGUAUGGCGACGCUAAGCCUGCUUCUGAGAUGCUCUUCAGCUAUGGAUUCAUCGACCCCAACAACAUCGUGGACAAGUUGACGCUGCGCCUGGAUCCCUUCCCAGAUGAUCCCUUGGCAAGGGCAAAAUUACGAAUUUCUAACAGCGGACCGACUUUGACAAUCUCACGAAAAGAGACGGAAGACUCGCAAGGAGCGUCUUCAAUUGUAUGGCGCUCACCGUUUGUGUACCUGAUGUGCCUCAACGAGGAAGACGGCCUGUCGUUCCAACUUCUCCAAGAUACUGCAGGGGACAGACAGCUAAGACUCUUUUGGCAAGGUGAAGACGUGACAGAUCAAGCGGACGAUUUCGAAACCCUGAUCCAGGGCCACGAUCUCUGUCCCGUGUUUAAACUCAGGGCUAUUACUGUGUUGCAUGAGAAGGUCGGAGAGCAAUUGGCCCGAAUUAGUCGCGGCCCAUCAGACGAUGAGCUAGAACCCUUGCAGGCGGCUGGCUUGCUGAGAGCUGAAUCCAUAGCAGCCGCAAGAAUAUUGAAGGAUGUGGAAAGCAAAUUGUUGGGCCAUGCGUUGGAGGCGUUGGACAAUGAGAGGACGAAUCUUCUUGCGAACAACCACGUGGUGGCAUAUCUCGGAUCGAAGGAAGAUUACCCAAUCGGGCAAGAAGCGCAAGCCACGGCAGCCAAUGACGACGCAGACGACUUUAGUUGA